UACUUGUGGUCGUACACGCAUCCCUGUUUUAGGAAAACUUGGGACUUUUGAAACUUGCUCCCUAAGACGAAUUCCUCUUAGAAACUUCUCAGAAACACCAGCAUAUUUUGCUUCAAAGGAUGGUGCAAGCAAGGAUGGUUCUGGAGAUGGAAGCAAGUCUGUCGGUGACGGGGGUGGUAAAAAGUCAAGCUCUGGAAGCUCUGGGAAAGGAGGGAACCAGCUGCGCUGCCCGAAGUGCGGUGACUUGUGCACACACGUGGAGACCUUUGUGUCUUCCACCCGUUUUGUGAAGUGUGAAAAGUGUCACCAUUUUUUCGUUGUACUGUCAGAGGCAGACACAAAAAAGAGCAUCAUCAAAGAGCCCGAGUCAGCAGCAGAAGCUGUGAAAUUGGCAUUCCAGCAGAAGCCACCGCCUCCACCGAAAAAGAUUUAUAACUACCUCGACAAAUACGUUGUUGGUCAGUGUUUUGCCAAGAAGGUGCUUUCGGUUGCUGUGUACAAUCAUUACAAGAGAAUCUACAAUAAUAUCCCAGCUAACCUGAGACAGCAAGCAGAAGUUGAAAAGCAGACUUCUUUAACACCAAGAGAAUUAGAAAUCAGAAGACGGGAGGAUGAGUACAGAUUUACAAAACUCCUGCAGAUUGCUGGAAUCAGUCCACACGGUAAUGCUUUAGGAGCAUCGAUGCAGCAACAAAUGAACCAGCAGAUACCUCAGGAAAAACGGGGAGGAGAAGUACUAGAUUCACCCAAUGAUGACAUAAAACUUGAAAAAAGUAAUAUUUUGCUGCUUGGACCAACUGGAUCAGGUAAAACCUUGCUGGCUCAGACUCUAGCUAAAUGCCUAGAUGUACCUUUUGCUAUCUGCGAUUGUACUACCUUGACUCAAGCUGGCUAUGUUGGGGAAGACAUUGAAUCUGUUAUUGCGAAACUCCUGCAAGAUGCCAACUACAAUGUAGAAAAAGCUCAGCAAGGAAUUGUUUUUCUGGAUGAAGUAGAUAAGAUUGGCAGUGUUCCUGGUAUUCAUCAGUUACGGGAUGUCGGAGGAGAAGGUGUUCAACAAGGCUUGUUAAAAUUACUAGAAGGCACAAUAGUAAACGUUCCAGAAAAGAAUUCUCGUAAACUACGUGGAGAAACAGUGCAGGUUGAUACAACGAACAUCCUCUUUGUAGCUUCUGGUGCUUUUAAUGGUCUUGACAGAAUUAUCAGCAGGAGGAAAAAUGAAAAAUAUCUAGGAUUUGGGACACCAUCUAAUAUGGGAAAAGGCAGAAGGGCCGCAGCAGCAGCUGAUCUCGCUAAUAUAAGUGGAGAGUCUGAUCCACAUGAAGAUAUUGAAGAAAAAGAUCGUUUGCUGCGUCAUGUGGAAGCCAGAGAUCUCAUUGAGUUUGGCAUGAUUCCUGAGUUUGUGGGACGUUUGCCCGUCGUGGUUCCUCUGCACAGCCUGGAUGAGAAAACUCUUGUACGGAUUCUUACUGAGCCACGAAACGCCGUGGUUCCUCAAUACCAGGCACUUUUCAGCAUGGAUAAGUGUGAAUUAAAUGUAACUGAAGAUGCAUUGAAGGCUAUAGCCAGACUGGCCCUGGACAGAAAAACUGGUGCAAGAGGUCUUCGAUCUAUAAUGGAAAAGCUGUUGCUGGAGCCCAUGUUUGAAGUGCCCAAUUCUGACAUUGUAUGCGUGGAAGUUGACAAAGAUGUUGUAGAAGGCAAAAAAGAGCCAGGAUACAUUAGGGCUCCCACUAAAGAUUCAUCCGAAGAAGAAUAUGACUCUGGCGUUGAGGAAGAAGGCUGGCCUCGACAAGCAGAUGCUGCAAAUCAUUAAAUACUGUCAGAAAGCUCGCACGCGUAAAGCGCACUUGGUUAUUUCUUAACGAUUGCCUCUGGCUUCAGGCUGAUACUAAAGGCAUCGGAUCUAUCUCGGAUACGAUACGCGAUGAGGACCUUUAUUAGAUAAAUCAGAUCGUGUAUUUUAUUGCAACAUCGCAUUGAUUUAUUUGAUGGACACUGUGUGGACUUGGAUGGCAUAAUGUUCACAUAUGAAUUGUAUAUUAGACUUGUUCAAUUAAAAUGUAUAGCAAAUACAGCAGCACCUGGAUUGCUCUUUCUAGAAAUUAAACCAGCAGUGCAGGUGCUGCAGAUAGUUAGAUUUUACAAUAAUGUUACUCUACAAAUGGGAAAUCAAGAUUAAUAAUUAGUAGAGGGUGAAUAAACUCUUAGCUCCUCAUACGGCUCACGGGGGUUACGUUCAGGUCAGUGUUAGAUUUGUGCCGGUGUUUGACACCCGGCGGGUGCUGGAGUGACUUGUUACAUUGGUGGGGGAGGAAG